CAAGCCUUUUGUUUUGUUUGGUACUCACAUAAAAACAACGCAUAUAAGUCCGCUUAGAUCCAUUGCAGUGCAGUGGUAUUGGCUUGCUUGCUCAAACCAACCCACAAUUCCUCACAAUUGAAAAGACAAACACAGAGCAGAAACCUACACAGAGGUAUGGGGUCUACAGAGUGGCUAUUUGAGAGGAUAUUGAAUAUUCAUGAGAGAGAUAUAGAUGAAACAAGAUCAUGCAACACACAGUCUCCUCCGAUGGCUGCAGGCGAACUGCCCGCUCCAAGGGUCCAUGGCAUGUAUGAAGUCCCGGGUGUGCUUCGUGAACAAAACAGAGACGCCUAUCGUCCAAGCUGCGUGUCUAUUGGGCCUCUUCACAGAUUGGGGAGAAAAGAAGAUGUAAAGGAGAUGGAGGCGGUGAAAAUGAGGUAUAUGUGUCAGCUACUUGAGCGAAAUGGAACACUUGUGAAAACGGUAGCAAAAGCUAUGACGACAUUGAGUUCCCGUGUUAAGGAAUGUUACUCCCUCUGUCCCAAAAUAGCUGAGUACGGUAAGAACAUUGGCUCACAAAAUUUACUCGAGAUUUUGUCACAAACAUUCAAUUUUCUUGCCAACGAUCUUUCUUCCUAUCACAUUUCACGUUACCAAAUUCCUUUGAUUGAGCACUUGAUUUAUGUAAGAUGCAUCAUGAUUGAUGGUUGCUUCAUAAUUGAACUUCUUUACAAGAAAUACGUAGAGAUGUCUGAUCCAAUUUUGGAGAACCAUUUGAAGUACGAUCAGGUCAGACGUGACCUGCUAUUGCUCGAGAACCAGAUCCCCUUCUUCGUUCUUGAAGAAUUGUUCAGGCUGACAGUGGAACCUAUCCAGGUAAGUAGUACUACUAUAGGGCGCCGCCAAGUCUCCCUCCGUAGAUGUGUCCUUUCAUUCUUUGGAGAUAUGAUGGGACUAGAAAAUAUUGGUGGUGAAAUAGAAAACCUGGAAAACAUUUCCCCUCGUCAUAUACUCCAUUUUUUACACAUUUGUUACCUAUCUCCUUUGCAGAAGGCACCGAUAUGGUACCAACACAAAGAGAAACCGACAUUCAAAUACAGUGCAACAAAACUCCAGAGUGUAGGAGUCAAGUUUGGGCCACGUUUCAGAAGAGAAAGCCUAUUUGAUUUGAAAUUUAGCGCGGAUCGUCCUUGCUUUUGUUUGUGGAGAAGAGUCACCAUGAGCAUCCUCUUGGACUCUGCAGAAGAUGUUAAAUUGCUUGAAGAAGCCGGAGUCAUACGUAACCAGUUAGGUUUCAGUGAAGCGGUGUCAGAACUCUUCAAGGAUAUUACCAGCGAUGAAAUCAUUGUAAGAAAUCAAAGACUUCUUUAUAAGGAUAUGUGGAUGCAGGUGAUGGAUUUUUGCACACCUUGGCGACUAGCUCUUGCUAAUGUAAACACACAAAUGGCAGUAGCUGCUGUCAUUAUCCUGAAUCUCAUCACACUUUUGUCCUCCAUCUACACCGUCCUUUCUUAUUAUGGCAACUAGCAUGCAAGGUAAGUAUUUCAUGUGUAUCAGUGUGUAUGUAUGUCUACUAUUUCUUUGUUCCUACAACUCCAUCUUGUUAAUUAAUUCAUCUGGAUUUGUAUUACUAAUCUGAAAUGUACCGUUAAUUAGAAUUGUAUUAGCACUUGUGAGAAUGCGUGUAAGUCAUUUAUGUACUGUCAUCUUUAUGCUUGUCAUUCAAAUCUCUAUCUUUAUUGUAUGAUUAUCAUUAUCAUUAGUGUUU